AUGGACAGCGCUUCUUCACCCGUCGGGCGCGGCAUGCGCGCUGGCGAUGAUUUGGAGCCACUCGCCGGCAGCGUUGCCAGCGCAAUCGUCACGAUCUUGACGACCACGAUACUAGCGACUCUGACCAUUGUCUUCGCGAUAUUCCUCGAUUCGUGGCUCUUUGUCUUCGUCAGCGCCAUCCUCAAGUUUGGCGUGGGCCUGGGCACGAGCUUCGGGAUAUGCCAGGGCGCGAUACUGCUCUGCCUCGUCUGUUAUGUUACAACCAAGUUGAUCUAUAUAUUCCUGGUUGAGAAAGCCGUAGGCUCCCAUCCCAUCCACUUGUCUGCGUCUCUUUACUUCGACCUGGCGACUAACGACGUGCAACGGCAGUAUAUUAUACGGCAAAGUUCGGUUCCAAAACCCCGGCUGAAGUCGAAGCUAUAUAUAUUCAACACGUUUGGCAUGCUUGGUGUCUACACUAUCGUUUCGAUACUCAACUUCAUAUUCCGCAUUACACGCCAACGUGACGGCGAGUGCAUCAUCGGCAUGCAGCGUGUUGCGAUGAUUCCCCUCAUCACCUUCGACCUACUGGCGAAUGUUUAUUUGACGAUCUUAUUCUUGCUGCCGUUGCGCAAUUUGUACAACUUCCGCCACAUGCAGCGCAACGCGGCAAACGAGCGGCUACGCACUGUCGCGUUCCGCACGUUUAUUGGAGCGGUGGCGACGACCAUGUCCAGUAUCAUAAACCUGACAGUGCUCAUGGUUCUUGACGGCGAGCCGGGUUGGGUAUGCCUGACGUGCUGCAACGUUGAUAUCGCCUUUUCCGCCAUCGUCGUCCACUGGGUCACCUCCAAAGACAAGAGCCCCGUCUACACACCGUCCGCGACCAGCGCGUACGCGAAGGGCGUGGUGAGCAUGUACCAGGUCGAAUCCGCAUCCAGCGGCGGCGCCGGGUCGUCGCCUCGCACCCCCAUCGGGUUCCAGGGCACGGGCGACAGCAACCCGAAGCAGCCGGUAUUCGCGCACGUGGGGACCUGCAUCCACGAGUGCAAGUCCGGGACGGGAUGCUACGGCAGCAUCAUUGGGAUGGGCGCCAGUAACAACGCCGCCAACGGCGGGAGUACGUUCGGGACAACGAUAGUCCGGCACCCGAGCCUCGAGGCUGCCGCACAGCGCCGGGGGCGCAUGCUGCACUACGGCAGCGUCGUGGUGGGCCGCGACGGGCAGCCGGUCAACAAGGCGUUCAUGACGCACGAGGCCAUCGCCAUGUACCACUACCACCACCACCGGUACAUGAACGGCGGGUCGAGCAACCGGUACCCGUUCACCAAGUCGUCGUCCGUGUCGAGCGGCACGCUCGAGCCCACGCGCGGCAGCAGCAACAGCGAGGCGCCGGGCAGGUCCCACGAGUUCCGCAAGUACGGGGGCAGGCUGUUCGCCGACAACAUCGACCCGCUGGAGCUGGACGAGGGCGAGGAGGGCCAGCACAGCAGCGACGAGGACUGCGAGUACGAGCUGGUGCUGAGGAAGAAGAGGAAGCCCGGCACGCCGCCGAUCCUGCCGGCCGAGCUGGACCCCGUCGUCAACAACUCGCGGCCUAGGAACAGGCAGUGGAGCGUCGCGCAGGAGACGACGCUCGUGGUCGAGUCGAGGGCGGCCGAUGACGACAAGGCUGUCGAGCAGCAGAAGAAGAGCGGGUCAAAGGUGUUUGGCACGAGGACGGUGUGUCUGGGAGGGGAGCACAACGAGCAGUGCGACGGCAAGGGCGAGUGUUCGGCCAAGUGCGGUGCUGGAGCCGGCGGAGGCGGGAGUGGUGGUGUUGCGGGCACCACGUCGCUCUUGAAGAAGGUGGGCAAGCUUCACAGCAGGAGCAACAGCGGCGUUACGAGCGAGGACGGCGAGGCUGGAGGCAGUAAGCCGAGCAAGAAGGAGGUCAGCUGGCGGGACGUGCACAGCGCGAGGGAAAGCAUCGCGGAAGAAGAGGACGCAGACGACUUUGUGAUGUGGGACGGGACACAAGGAGACCGGAGUUCUCGGGUCGAGCCAGAAGGCCGGCCGGGUAGUUUCGACUCGAAGGCUUCGAUGUUGGAACUGCGACUCGAGGAAGUCUGAUCUGGCACUUGAGUUGGUCGAGGUUGAGCCACAUCGCACGGAGGCAUCGUUGCAUCUUUUUCCAUACAUUUACACAUCCAUCAUGAGAAUUUUCCUUAGCGAGCCAAUAGUAGCACAGGGUCUAUAAGAGGCACAUUUGAGCAAGUCGCGCUGCUCUGUGUUCAGUAUAUGUGGUAUGUGACUUACACCGUGGUGGUGCCUUGUCGCUGAGCCUACCCUGUAC